AUGAUGCGAAACAUCGUUCUUUUGGGUCUACUCUCAACAUUGAGCCUAUGGAGCGGAGAAGUCGUUGCUUCUACUCCUACCGAAACUCAACUCGCUCCGCGAACGUUCCAGUCGAUGGGUAUGACAUGUUUCUCCGAAUGUCCAGCAACUCGAGGUACCGCAACUUUCUCACAAAAGGGAUACUAUCAAGAUCGUUACUCUGAUUAUCAUUUUUACACAUGCGUAUAUAGCGACAACUCGAACUGUUGGUACAAUGAGGAUGGGAGUCUGAACAAUGAUCACACCAACGGUGUGAAUACUACGCCAUGUCCUGCGCAAGCUCCCUCCAGUGGAUGCGGUACGCCCAACAACCCCACUCGAGCAUUCAAGCGUUCGACCAUCAGGAAGCGAACUGCCGCAGAAAAAAGAUUGGCCGCAAGGCAGUACAAUCCCAAGAAGGUUAGAAUGAGAUCAGAAAAAUUCGCAUAG